CUAUGUCAAAUAUGCAUUGUCAUUUAAUGUGAAUUUUGUUUUAUUUACAAAAUUCAUUAAAUUGAAUAGUUUUCAGUUAAUUGCUUCAAAAUUUUGUUGUAGUUUAUAGCUAUUGAUUGCAAAUUAACAUAAUUCAAUUUGAUUGUAUACUUCAUUUAUAAGGAACCAACUCAGGAGAUUAUGGCUGGUUAUUUUGAAGAAAUGGGUUGGGCGGAGCUGCAAGACGGACAACAACCAAACCAUUUAUUAGACAUGGCAAGAUUCCUUAUAGAUUUUGGAUUUUAUAAUGAAGAUAUCAUUGGAGAGUGGCCAAGGCUUCCUCCACCUGCUUCAAAAGACGCAGUGUCUAAUAUACCAGAGACUACAAUAGAGAGUAGUGAUAAGAACUGUCCUAUUUGUUUGAAGAACUUCAAUGUUGGAGAGAAAGCAAAGCAAAUGCCUUGCCAUCACGAAUUCCAUGCUAAAUGUAUUUUGACUUGGCUUGAAAAGACGAACUCAUGUCCAUUCUGCAGACAUGAGUUACCAACUGAUGAUAAGGAAUAUGAAGCAUUUAAGAAAGACAAGAAACGAAAAGAACAAAGGAAGGAUGAUAUAGAGACACUCCAUAAUUCAAUGUUUAGUUAAUUUGAUUAUUCAGCAAUUGUUAUUAUUCAUUUGAAAUAUUUAGUUUUAAUUGUAGAUAAUAAUAUUGUGGUGGUGUUAUAAAUAUGUUAAUCGGUAAUUUAUUAAUUAAUUUUGUUAAAGUAAACACACUUGGCACUGUUUAAAUAGUUACCUAUUAUUGAACAUUCCAGAAUUGUAUCUGUUUAUUGUGAUCUAUUGGAAAAACAAUCUUAUUGUUGUUGUAAUAAAGACGAAAGUUCAAAUGAUUUCUAAUUGGAGUGUACUUGAUACUGACUUUAAAGUGUUAUCUUAUGAAGUUUACUUUUUAAAUAUACAUUGUAUGUAAAAUCCGUUUGUUUUCAAAUUCAUAUAUGGCAAGUUAAAGUUAUCUAUUAAAUGAACUUAAACCGAG